AUGGUGUCCACGCGCCAUCAUCCAAGGGACUUCCCCCAGCCAAGUGCAACCGGCGUAAAUACGCACGCAGAAAAGGAUCAGAAUCGAUAUGUUGUUGCUCGUGAAUGGCGACACACUCCAUCAGUAAUCGUGACACUUUGGCUAUGUAUAUCAAUUCCAGUCGUUCUUUGGGAUGCUAGCUAUGUUUUACUUCGACCACAUAGCAUGCCCGGCGGGAGUCUGCACUACAUCUGGAGUCCGUAUGCCCUCUAUGGCACCAUCGACUAUAUCUAUGGCUGGCCUGCAUGGAACAACCGAAAUGGGUUCACAAGUGCGCAAAGCCUGAUGAACCUAGUUGAAACUGCGUGCUACCUUUUCUAUUUGUUUGUGCUCUUUAACUACGGGACGACAUCCAACUAUAAGGGCGAGAACAAAGGCAAGUCAGCGACAAAGGGUGAUUUCUUUGCCCCACGGAGAUCAAUCGGCGGAAGGUUAGGAGCGAUUGCGCUGCUGGUGGUUUUCAGUGGUAGUGUAAUGACUGUCAGUAAAACAGUGCUAUAUGGCCUGAAUGAAGCCUGUUCUGGAUUCGACAAUGUAGGGCACAACAGCUUCUGGACUUUAAUCUUCCUGUGGAUCAUUCCAAAUGGAUUUUGGAUUGUGGUCCCCAGCUACGCCUCCUUUUAUUUUGGUAACGAAAUCCUAAACGCUAUAGAGCCACGUAGCGGUCUCGCCAAUACAAACGAAGACUCGAAGUCAAAAUAA